GUUUAAAAUAUCGAUAAUUUUCGAAGAAAAAAACACGUAUUUCAAUGUUGAAGGUUGUGCCUAUCUGUAAAAGUUGUGCCUUAAAUAGGAUUUCUGAAAACAGAAUGUUUCAACCAGCCACGAAAUUCAGGACAUUUGUUCGAGCUUUAGGGCGGAAGAAUAUCCUUUUAGAACAGCUGCCCGCUUUCUUCUGCAUAAAUAAGAACACCGAGGAGAGACGUUUACAUACGUCAACAUUAUCGAUCUUACGUCAGGAGCCGAAGAAAGCGUUUGAAAUAGACUUGCCGCAGCUUAAAGUUCCGGAAAUCAAGCGAGAUGAGUUGCUCACGUUCAGAGGGUUGGAAACAGACUUUCCCUGUUUAACAAGGAACAAAAACACCGGUCCAGAGCCUCAAUAUGACAAGAUCAUGUCCGGUUAUAAAACAUAUACGACAGAUGAACCGUUCAAGCUGACAUACAAUAACGCCGUCUUACCGGAACUUACAGUGGCGUACGAGACGUGGGGAGAACUAAAUGAGGACAAAAGCAAUGCUGUGAUCGUACAUGCCGGACUGUCUGCCAGUAGUCAUGCUAAAAGUCAUAAGGAUAAUCCAAACCCUGGCUGGUGGGAGAAGUUUGUUGGACCAGGACGUGCAGUAGAUACUGAUGAUUUCUUUGUUAUAUGCACCAACACCCUUGGAGGAUGCUACGGCUCUUCAGGACCAACUGCAAUAAAUCCUGUCACUGACAAGAAAUAUGCAACGACUUUCCCAGUUAUAAGUGUACAGGACAUGGUCAACGCACAGUUUAAAUUACUGGAUCAUCUUGGAAUAGACAAGUUACACGCCAGUGUGGGCUCUUCACUCGGUGGAAUGUGCUCUCUAAUGGCAGCAGCUAUGUACCCAGACAGGGUGGGCAGAAUGGUUUCUAUAUCCUCCUGUGCGAGGAGUCAUCCAUCAUCUAUUGCCAUGAGAUAUCUUCAGAGGAAGUGUAUCAUGAGUGAUCCUAACUGGAACAAGGGACAUUACUAUGAUAAAAAGUAUCCGAAGAUGGGCAUGAAACUUGCGAGAGAGCUAGCCACUAUGACAUAUAGAAGUGGACCAGAAUGGGACAGUAGGUUUGCCAGGAACCGUAUUGAUGAAGAGGCACCAGUCACUCUGUGUCCCACGUUUGUGAUAGAGAGUUACAUAGAGUACCAGGGGGAAACUUUCAGCACCAAAUUUGAUCCGAAUUCUCUCCUUUAUAUCUCUAAGGCAAUGGACAUAUUUGACGUGUCGGAAGGGUUUAAUUCAUUAGAGGAGGGACUGUCACGUGUGACCUGCCCCGUGAUGGUGAUUGGUGUACAGACAGACAUUUUGUUUCCAAUCUCCCAACAGAGGGAGCUUGCAUCAGCUCUUCAAACUGCAGGUAACAAAGCUGUGACAUAUUAUGAACUAAACUCUGUGUAUGGUCAUGACACAUUCCUGCUGGACUUGAAUGGCGUAGGUGCCGGUGUUAAGGGCUUUAUUGAAACAAGGACAUCAAAAAAUGGCUUGGCAUCGAUACCAGGUUCUGAGGCAUCGAUACCCGGUUCUGAGAGGAAGUGCUAUUAAGACAGCUUCUUACAGCAUCACAAUAUAUGCAAAAACGUUGUGAAUAUAAGUGAUAACAUUUGUAUAAAAAAUAGAUAUGCAAAUUUUGAACAUGUUUAUUUAACCUUUUGAGCACUUGUGUGAAAUAAGUAUAAUUAUAUAUACAUGUACAUAUUUAUAAAACCCUAUGAGCAGUUAAUGGGACAUUUUUCACAUUAUAUUUACUAUACAAAAAACUGUUUUGUUUGUAUUUACAGAAGAAUCAGUGUGAAUAUGUGAUAUAUGUAAAUGAGUAAUUAAUUAGUAAUAAUUACUGAUUAUGAAAAUGUUAUAAAUGCCAAUGCAUUUAAAAAAAAUAAAUACACAAAGAUGUACUGGGGUUGGUGAUCACACUGGAGAUUGUAAAAAGCACUGGUAACCAUAUGACCAUAACCAUUACUAUAGUACAUAAAAUAUACUGGAUUACCCUUCUAUAGUAUAAAUAUAUCUUUACUACCCUUAACCUACUGAAUUUCUUAAAUGGACUUUUCCAAUUUCCAUUUUGGAACAGUCCAUUAUCAAUUUUAGGUAUAUCAAGGUGAGAAUUUGAAGUUGGCCAGCCAACAGUAUAGAGCCUGGUCAGACUGCACGGAUGUGCAGGCUGGCCUGGCUCUAUACUGGUGGCAAAGACUAAUCACUUUCGCCUUCAGCAGGGUAAAGGUUAAGUGCUUUUUAGUCCCCUACCGGUUUACCGGAGGGGACUUUAGGUUUACCCUCCGUCCGUCUGUCUGUCCGUCCGUCCGUCUGUCUGUCAGUCCGUCAGUCCGUCCGUCCACAAAACUGGAUCCCGCGAUUACUUGAAAAGUACUGAAAAUAUUUUUAUGAACCUUGAUAUAUGGAUAGAUGGCAGUAUGGAGAUUAUGCACGUCUUUUUCUUUUGUUCCUAUGUUGAAAAUUCUGGUUGCUAUGGCAACAAAUAGGCUGAAAAUAUGGCAAAUUUUACACAUAAACUGGAUCCAGUGAUAACUCAAAAAGUACUGGAAAUAUUUUUAUCAAACUUGAAAUAUGGGUAGAUGGCAGUCUGGAGAUUAUGCACGUCUUUUUCUUUUAUUCCUAUGUUGAAAAUUCUGGUUGCUAUGGCAACAAAUAGACUGAAAAUAUGGCAAUAUUUACACAUAAACUGGAUCCAGUGUUAACGCAAAAAGUAAUAGAAAUAUUUUUUAUGAAACUUGUAAUAUGUGUAGAUGGCAGUCUGGAGAUUAUGCACGUCUUUUUGUUUUCUUCCUAUGUUGAAAAUUCUGGUUGCUAUGGCAACACAUAGACUGAAAAUAUGGCAAAUUUUACAAAUAAACUGAAUCCAGUGAUAACUCAAAAAGUACUGGAAAUAUUUUUAUGAAACUUGACAUAUGGGUAGAUUAUGCAUGUCUUAUCUGUUCUUCCUAUUUUGAAAAAAAUAUUGGUUGCCUUGGCAACAAAUAGGCUUAAAACAUGGCAAAUAUAACAAUAUUUGCGAUUAGUCAAAAAGAGCUGAAAUUUUUAUGAAAUUGCAUCUUUAAUUCAAGAGUUAUCUCCUCUUUAAGAAUUUUGCUUUUUAAAAUGUUAUAUUUUGGUAACAGGGAUGUUUCAAAUAUUAACUUUAGAGUGUCCUUCAGUCCGUCUGUCUGUCUGUUCAUAAAAACUGUUUCCUGUGAUCACUUUUAAAGAACUUUUCCAACAAAUUUACUUAAAAUAGAGAAAAAUUGAAACAUUAGUGAAUGGCCAAUGGCCCUUCAGAAUGUUGAUGGGGUUCUAACCGGUAUGGGAAAUGGAUUGCUUGCAAUACUAUGAUAAUUGCUUGUUGUGUACUGGUCUGACCAAACUGUGAUACUGUGUCUGUUACAUGAAUUACUGUUACAUGAAUUAGAAAAGAUGUAUGUAUGUAUUUAGGCUUAAUGAGGGUCCUUUCGGGCACUAAGAGUAUGGGCCCCCUUAUAACAAAAGAAACGUAAUUUUGUGUGUAUAUAUAUACACACACAGUAGGGCUACAAAUAUUUUAUGUUUAGAAUGAUAUUUAUUCUAUAUUAUUUUCAUAUAAAAAAUAUAGCUUCAUGAAUUACUUUCUUUUUCAUAUUUGUUGAACAAUCUCAUAGAUAUUUAUAUAUUUAUCUUGUUGUACAUACUUGUUUCCUUUUUGUCGUUUUUCUACAAUCAAUGAUUAAAUUUUUGUUGUUGAUUUUUGACCUUACCAUGAUUCAAGCUUGAUAUUUUAUAUCUAUGUAUCCUUUGUAAUAUUCAAAGAUUGAAUAAUUUUUUGGAGUAGUCAUAUAUUUGUAUUCUUUACAACUGAAAUUAUUGUUUAAUUUAGAUCACUCAGUCUAAAAUGGUAUAUUUGAGGGUUUUUCUUAUGAUACAAUGUAGUACAUGUAUAUUUCAUUCUUGGACUUUCUACUUAUGUUACUGGAACUUUUUUUUGUCAAAAUGUUUCAGAAAACAACUUUUAGAUUCCCUUUUGUAACAAGAACACUUAUUUUUUACAUUAAAUUUUGAUUUGGUAAUGAUUGAUACGAAUUUAAGUGUUUUUUUAUAUAUAAGCAAAGCAAGAGUUAUUUAAAGUUAUUUUAUAUUUGGGUUAUGUAAUGUCUCCACAUAUUUCUGAAUAUUAUUUCUCAGCAUGAACUUUUGUUAGCCACAGUGAUAAAAGUACAUUGUAUAUUGUCAACUUUGUAGCACAGCUUUUAGACGAUUGGAUGCAUUUAUGAUUUUUGUAAUUGUUACAGAAAUUAAUUUUUUUUUAAAUAGGAAAUGGAUAAAUAUGCAAAAAAAUAAUGAGAAAAAGUGCUCGCAAUGUUGUUGAUCUUUUGUGUGCGUUUCUCUUAGCCGGUUUUGAGUUAAAAGCAUCUAAAAGUUAUUUUGCACACUGAUUACUUAAAUUGUUUUGAGUUGGUGAAUGAUAUGAAAUUUUAUAUACAAGUAACUGGUCCAAACUUACCUCAAAUGGUACACAAAUCUUGGAAAAGAAUAUUUGGAGAAAAAAACACAGUUGUGUCCCUUUGACCAUUGUUUUAAAAUAGAACUAUUUAUUGGAAAGCGCCUACUUUAACUUUCCUGUAUGAGUAAAAACAGAGACUUUAAUUACAGUAAUUAAAGUCUGUGAUAAGAGUCAUGUAAAAAGUAAAUCUGUUUUAAAGCACCAAUAUCAUUUCUUUUGAUAUGUAUGCAUAUAAGGUGGAAAGGGUUGUGAAUUUUCAUUUACUAAAAUACUCUGAUGGAAAUAAUAUGAAAAAUGUCGUCAGGUAAUUUUUGUACAGUAUGCUUUGUACCGAAAUGAUCGAUAUAUGUAGUGUGUGGUAUAUUUCAUUUAAAUUAAUGUUUUUUCCUGAUCUCUUUAAGAUGCAUAUCUUUUCAUAAGAUUUAAUUUAAAAACAGCAGUAAUAUAUUGUAAUAAUAAUAAAUUAUGUAAACAUUGUUCAUGUUUUCAGAUAUUAAACUAUAAUCAAGCUAA